CCAUCAGGUAUCACAACCAUUAAAAACCUCAGCUACCAAUCCUGCCUAAUUGCCCCCUGAAGGCAGCGUCAUGUCUACAUCUGCCCCCUCUCUGUUCACACACUCCAGCUGAUCACACCUCGUCCCUCACCUGCGCUCCUGACAUGCGGCGUCACUGCAAACCGACCGAGCUUCAUUCCUGCUGUCACAUCGUCACAGUGUUUGGUCGUGGCGCACUUCAUCAUCCGGACGAAAGCAACACGGCAGAACUCCUGCUGCAGCUCCAAACAUAGCAGCAUUACGCACCGUGGGGCCUUCCGUCCUGCGCACAGCCCGGGGAGGAAGGAUAGGAUGGUGCUGAGGAGCCUCACGUCAGCGGACAAAGUUUGAUACCUGUGAACAUCAGAGCACAACCAACAGCCCAACCAUGAGGGACAGACUGAGCCACCUGCAGGAAAUGUCCAAUGGACAUGUGGAGCCGAUGGAGGAUGCAGAGUCCACUGUGUCUGACACCUUCAGCAACGUGGACCUGGAGGAGGAGCUGCCCCAUGAGGCGGUGGUGUUUGAUGACAACAGCCCCGCUCUGGAAGAGGUCUUCUCCCAGUCACAAGACAUCCACAGGGAGAUCCAACUCAUCCGCCUGGAGGUCAAACGGCUCCGUGAGCAGAACUCCCGCAUGUUGCAAGGCACCACCACCAUGAGCACCAUUAAAAGAGACUCCAACGCUAUUGGUGCCGACAUAAAGAAACGAGCCGAGGAUGUUCUGGCACGUCUGCACGACAUGGACGGAACAUCCCACAAGCUGGAGGAAACUCACGGCUCAAACUCUGCCGUCACACGUAUAGCCAGAACCCAGUACGCCUGCCUCAGCAACGGUUUCCGUGAUGCAAUGUUUGACUAUAACGAGGCCGAGAUGAGUCACCGAGAGAACUGCAAGGCCCAGAUCCAGAGGCAGAUGGAGAUAGUAGGGCGUGAGGUGACGGGGGAGGAGGUGGAGGAGAUGAUAGAGAAGGGCCAGUGGAACAUCUUUAAUGACAACAUUGUGAGUGAAGGCAAAACAGCGCGAUCUGCUCUGUCCCAGAUCGAGAAGCGUCACCAGGAGUUAGUGGACCUGGAGGCUCGCAUCAGUGGCAUCCAUGAGAUAUUCCUGGACAUCGCCAUGCUGGUGGAGGAGCAGGGCCCCAUGCUGACGUCCAUCCAGAGCAACGUGCAGAAAACAGACGAAGGAAUACAAGACGCCCUCGUCAAACUAGGCAGGGCCAAACGGCAUGACAACAACAAUCCCUUUAAAAAGAUGUUUUGCAGCUGUUUCCCAUGUUUCAACUCAUGAUUGUAGAGAAGUAGAGGAGUCGAGGGACAGCAAAGUAGGCACUUUGCUGUCCAGACAGAGUGAAAUCUUAAAGACAUUUUCAGCAUGUGUCAUUAAUAAACUGCUCCUAUCAUCAAAGUAUGUAUCUAUAUGGCCUUUAUAGUUAUUGCAUAUUUUCCUGAAGUUAAAUAAAGUUUGUUUUAAAAAAAAGUUUAAACUAUUUUGCUUGGGUAAUAUAUUUUUAAUUACAUUUAAGUUAUUCAUUAAAGUCUGGGAUGUUCAAAUGAAAUGAUAAUAAAUCACAAUUCUUCCUCUAUGAAUGAGGUGUGAUGCAGGUGUGAAACUACAAUCUGACAAUAUUUUUCAUGUUUUAGAGCCUGUUGAGUCUCUGCAUGACAGUGAUUUAACAAAUGCAGUGACUUUCAGGAACAUUUUAAUGCAACUGCAGGAGGCAAGUGGUUACUGAUGUAGUACACUGCCGUGAUGGUAAACCGUAAAGAAAUGAUUUUAAAUAUGGGUUAAAUCAAAAAAUUCUUACCUUUUUUUUCCUAUCUGUCCUAUAAUCUCUACAUGUCAGUGUCUUUGGUCUUAGUUAACAUAAGGCUGAAAGGCUCUUCUAGAAACUGUACGAUUGAGUUUUUCAUGAUUAAACCAAGUUUUCUCUAUUAUGUGUAUAAAUUAUAGUGCGGAACAAGCCAUUAUGUGUUGACCACAUUGCACAACACCUUCAUAAUUCCCCAUCUCUUCCUCAUACUCUCUUUUGAGCUCAUCAGUAAGUUCACAUGUUGGCUUUGCCUCAUGCUCAGUCUAGAAUUUAUGCAGGGAUUCAGUGUUGAUGUCGACUGUACACUAAUAUGUUACUUCUGAUGCUCUUCUCAUGAAUUUUAUAUAAUACCUUGUUGUCUUUCUUCUGUGGUGUCUUUAUAUAAGAUGACGAUAUAUUAAAAUAUUACAAGAC